GAAGGCGGGAGAGCCGGGGCGGAGCUGCCUGUCGUGGGAGCUCUCGCUGUGUUGUGUGGGCACCCGCCCGGUGAACCCGGGGUCCCCGCUGUCUGCUGGCUCCGGGCGCGGAGCGCGGCUGCCCGGGGAAGGGGAUGGGGCGGGAAGUGGGGAGGGUUUAAGGGGGACGGAGAUCGACGGUGAGAGAAGGGGGCUUCCGAGCAGGCUGUGCCUUGUGCCUGCGGGUGCAGGAGCCGCCCGCCAUGCCUGCUUUCCGGCAGGUCGGGGAGAAGCAGCUUCCCCAGGAAAUCAUCUUCAUGGCCUGGUCUCCCAAGAGGGAUCUCAUCGCCCUUGCCAACAAAGUGGGGGAGGUUUUACUUCACCGACUUGCAAACUUUCAACGAGUUUGGAGUUUGCCACCAAAUGAAAAUACAGGGAAAGAAGUUACAGCCCUUGCUUGGAGACCAGAUGGCAAAAUUUUGGCUUUUGGCCUAGCUGAUACCAAGCGUGUGAUCCUGUGUGAUGCAGAAAAGCCUGAAAGCUUACACUCUUUCUCAGUGGAUGCUCCUAUUACUUACAUGCAUUGGAUGGAAGUAACUGAAGAAAGCAGUGUUCUCACUUCAUUUUAUAAUGCUGAGGAUGAGUCAAAUCUUCUCCUGCCUAAAUUACCUGCAUUGCCAAAAAACUACAGUACCACUGCAAAAAUUUUCAGUGAAGAAAAAUCAGAUGAGAUUAUGAAGCUCUUGGGUGAUGUAAGGCUAAAUGCCCUUGUCCUUGGAGGCAGUUCUGGAUUCAUCGAGGUUUAUGCUUAUGGAAUGUACAAGAUUGCUACAGUAACAGGGGUGGCAGGUUCUUGCCUUGGAUUAUGCUUUUCUAGUGAUUUGAAAUCACUAUCAGUCAUUACAGAGGUGCAAGUUUCCCCAGACAGUGCACCGGAGAUUACUUAUUUCCAGCUGGACACCAGUCUGCUAUCAGUUUAUUUACCUGAGGUAACUCGAAUGGCCAGGAAAUUUACUCAUAUUUCAACUCUGCUACAGUAUAUAAAGUUGUCAUUGACAUGUAUGUGUGAGGCAUGGGAAGAAAUAUUGAUGCAGAUGGACUCACGUCUAACCAAAUUCGUACAGGAAAAGAAUACAACCACUUCUGUACAGGAUGAGUUUAUGCAGCUGCUCUUGUGGGGCAAAGCAAGCCUUGAACUUCAAGCACUUUUAAUGAACCAACUAACAGUAAAGGGUUUAAAAAAGCUUGGUCAGUCCAUAGAGUCUUCCUACUCCAGUAUACAAAAAUUAGUCAUAAGUCACUUGCAGAGUGGCUCUGAGGCAUUAUUGUACCAUUUGAGUGAACUGAAAGGAAUGGCAUCAUGGAAACAAAAAUAUGAGUCUCUUGGACUAGACGCAGCAGGAAUUGAAGAUGCUAUUACUGCUGUGGGCUCCUUCAUCUUAAAAGCAAACGAGCUUCUUCAAGUUAUAGACAGUAGUAUGAAAAACUUCAAAGCAUUUUUCCGAUGGUUGUAUGUGGCCAUGCUGAGGAUGUCAGAAGAUCAUGUUCUUCCAGAGCUGAACAAGAUGACUCAAAAAGAUAUCACAUUUGUUGCUGAUUUUCUUACUGAACACUUCAAUGAGGCACCAGAACUCUACAAUCGUAAAGGAAAAUACUUCAAUGUAGAGAGAGUUGGUCAGUACUUGAAAGAUGAAGAUGAUGACCUUGUAUCCCCACCUAACACAGAAGGAAACCAGUGGUUUAACUUUCUUCAAAACAGCACACAUCUUAAAGAAAGUCCACUGCUGUUUCCCUAUUACCCUCCGAAAUCACUGCAUUUUGUCAAAAGGCGAAUGGAGGGGAUUAUUGAUCAGUGUCUACAAAAACCAGCUGAUGUGAUUGGAAAAUCAGUACAUCAAGCAGUUUGCAUGCCUUUAUACAAAGGAUCUAAAAGUGAGGACUCUACACCUCGAUUAUUUAAAUUACCCUUUAUGUGGAAUGACAAAUCCUCCAACUUACAUUAUGUUCUCUUCACCAUGUUAGAAAGUUCUCUUUCUAAAAUUUACAUUUUGAGGCGGCACACAGAUGUUUCCAGGUCUGCUAAUAAUGGACUACUUGCUGUUGAUUUUGGAAACUUCUUGAACAACAGUAUAAAUGAAAGCUCAGAUACAAGCUUCUACAGUUGUGUAGAUGCACAUUUUUAUGAUGAUGAAACUAUAACCGUGGUUCUUAAGGAGAAUGCUGAACAAGAAGGCAAAGAGAGAAUCUUGGCUCAGUUGCCUUUAUCUUCAGUGUACGUUGACGAGGACCAAGAAAGGGAAUUCAGCUUGAAUUCUAGUAAAAGGCUGGAUGAGCAAUCUGAUGAUAUUCCUACACGUACUGUCUUUUUGGAGAGUCAGUGGAGAGUACUGGAGAAUAUGAAAGCUCAGUAUGUUGCUGUGAAUGGCAUUCGGAAAGUUUCUUGUGUGCUAAGUUCGAAUCUCCGUCAUGUCAGAGUAUUUGAGAUGGAUGUAGAAGAUGAUGGAGAGGCAGAGGAAGAGGAAGAGGAGGAAGAAACAACUCCAGUUGUGGGUGGUGAACACGAAGAGCUGAAUCUGUCUGCAGUUAACCACAAUAGUAUGUGUGGUGGUUCUGUUGAGGUGGCAGAUGGAACAGAAGAACAUGAAUCAAGCCUGGAUUCUUGACCUGAUCCUUGAUAUGUGUGCCUUCACUAUAACAAAGAAAGGAGAAGAGACUAAAAGCUAACUUCAAACCAUUGAUACUUUUCUUUGUACUGUACCAAAUAUUAUAUUAAUGUUGUUGUGGAUGUUGUAGAAUACUACACAACGCCUCAAACAAAAUCCAUUUCUUUGCUCCAGAGUGUGUUUACUGAAUGUUCAUUCUGUUACAAUUAGUUUGUAACAAGCACAAUAGUUUCUUUCUGGAGUA